GCAGGCCCUGAUUGGCUCCCGAUGCCCCUUCACCCUGGGCUCCCCUCCCCGGUGCUGGUCUUUUGACCUUCCCAGUCACUCCCUCCCUCGCGGACACCUUUGCCCCAUGACGUGACGCUGCUGGCCUCUCAGGUGUGGGCCGGCCGGCCGGAGGCUGGGGCAGGAGCCGGCAGCAGCCAUGUUCUCCCUCCUCUCCUGGUUGCCCCACUUCCCCGCCCUGGAGUGGGGCUCUGACCUCCUCAACUCCCUCCUGCAAGGCCUCCUCGGCGCCUGUGGCAUCUCCGUCCUCAGCAACCUCCUGAAGGUCUACUUCUUCGUGGGCUGCGUCAACAACCCGAAAAGACGGCUGGAGAAGGAGCGGCUGCGGGCGCAGUGGGCGUCCCUGGAGACAGUGCACCUGGCCGGCCUGGCCCUCAUCCUCAGCUUCGUGGGCACGCGGGUGGCUGCCCUGGUGGUGCUUGAGUUCUCCCUCCGGGCCGUGUCCAUGCUGCUGUCCCUGGACAAGGGCUCCCUGGGCUCUGAGAAGCUGCAGCUGUACCUGCUGAGCCAGUUCUCGCUGGGCUGCGGGCUCACCUGCGGCCUGAGCUUCCUGCAGGAGGGCGCCCCUCACCGCACACUGAACCUGGCACUGGGCCUGGGGCUGGCCACACUGCUCCACAUGGGCGCCCGGCGCCUCCGCCAGCACGUCUGCCGCCUGUACGAGCUGCACAGCAGCCAGAACUACUGCGGCAUCUGCCUGGGCCUGCUGUCCGGCGCGCACGUUCUCCCCCGGCUGCUGGGCCGCGCCCUGGCUGUGGCCUUCGCCGUGGGGGACCUGGCGGCCGUGACCCUCAUCAACCAGGACUUCGUGACCACCACGGAGGCCGUCCGCUUCUGGACGCCACUCACCAUCUGCUACAUGCUGCUGGUCAUCUACAUGCAGGAGGAGGAGCGCCGGAACCCCGGCAUGCAGGGCCAGGUGCAGACAGUGCUGAUGCGCAUGGGCGGACUCUCCGUGCUGCUGCUGACCGUGGGCCGCUGGCUGGACCUGAUGAGCCUCUUCAUCUGCCUGUUCGGCGAGAUCUGGUGCCUGAUGGGCGUCCGCACCCUCCUCGACCUCUGCCACGUCCAGGAUUUCCUAUCCCGGAGGCCUUCCGCGCCAGCUGUCAGCCCACCGCGGGACCCUGCACAGGCCCAGCCAGACCAGCCACAGAAGGCAGACCCAUCCUGAGCACCCCCUGUUCCCCGGCCGAAGCCCCAUCCUGAGCCCCAUCCUGAGCGCGCUCCACCAGGCCUUGUCCUGUCUCUGCUUCCCACAGUCCCAGCUACAGGCCUUGACCUCAGGCCACUGGCUGGGGACAACCACGGCAGGGCUGGCCCCUGUCUAGG